UUGGAUCAUGAAUCCGAUUGGCCGAGAAGAGUUGAUAUAUAUAAAAAAAACCAUUGGAGAAACCCGCUUUUUUUUUUCUUUUUCUUUUUUGAAUAACGAGGAGAAUAAUGGAUAAUAUUGACGAUUUCAUCCUUUCAUUGACAGAUAAGCAAGCAGAAGAAGAAAGAGCAAAGCAAGGUCAUUCUUCAAGACGUUCAAAAAAGAAGAAAUAUGCGUCUGAUUCUGAUGAUGAUGUCAAUGGCUAUUCAGACGAAGACGAUAUAGGCAUCGACGACGAUGAAGAUAUGGAAGAUAUCGAUGAAUAUGGACCUGAUUUAUAUAAAGACGAAGACGAUCGUAAAAGACUCCAAGCACUUCCUGAAGUAGAAAGAGAGCGUAUCCUUGCUGAACGUUCAGAAGAAAGACAACGUAAUCUGGAACGACUUGAAGUUAGAAAACUAUUAAAAGAUGGUAGACGAGAAGACGCGACUCGAAGAUCCACGCGUGCCAAGGGCAGUGGUACUGCUAGUGCAUUAUCGGAACUUACGCGUCGUAGAGAAGAAAAGAACAAGUCUAGAAGUAGACGUCAUCGCAGAGAAUCACCUAGUCCUGAAAGAAAAAGACGUAGAAGAUAUGAUCAAAGUGAUGAUGAAUACAGUGGUGAAGACUUGGGUGAAUCUGAAGAUGAAGAAGUCGAGAAAAAGGCUAAAAAGAGAACACCUGAAUUGGAUGAAAUUCAGUCUGUGAUGGUGUCAAGAAGUAUGAUUGAGAAAUGGAUCUUUGCUCCCUUUUUUGAAAACACAGUGAUUGGCUGCUUUGUUCGACUCUAUAUUGGCCCUGAUCCUCAAAAGAAAAUACCAGUCUAUCGAUUAUGUCAAGUCAUUGAUGUCGUUCCAUGGCACAAGACAUACAAAGUAGCCGAGAAUGUAUGGAGUAAUAAGGCACUGAAAGUCAAACACGGUAAAGCAGAAAAGGAUUUUACGAUGGACAUUGUAUCCAAUCAACCUAUUACGCAACAAGAAUACACACGUUUCUUGACUACCUUGGAAAGUGACCGUGUUCGUAUUCCCACCAUGGAUCAGAUUGAACAAAAAAUAGUGGACUUGAAACAAGCAAGAGAAUACGUACUGAAUGAUAAAGAAGUGAAUGAGAUGAUUGAGAAGAAAAAAGCAGUCAAGGGAUCUUCUGUCAAUAUGGCUAUGGAAAUGGCUCAAUUGCUUGCUCGUCUUGAACAUGCUAAGGCACACAAUGAAGUAGACAAAGUCAUCAAAUUGACAAAAGACUUGCGUGAUCUGGAAGAGCAUGCUUCUAGUAUGGAAGGCAGUCAACAGAAUGUAUGGACAGAUAUCAACAGUCGAAACAGAGAAAGAGAUCGAAUAGAAAUCCAUGAAGCAGAACGCCGUAUGACAGAAGCAAGAAGAAAAGCACUAUUGGAAAGCACAAGAGCAGCACAAGCACAAGCACCUUCCUCUACUGAGAAAAUCAGUCACCAAGCGUAAGUAAUCAUGUCUAUUGAUUGAUAUACUCAUCUUAGCAGUACUGUGGAUUCUUCCUUGAUGCCCUUGGAAUCGACAAGUGAUAAGCCACUUGCCAAAGUAGCUACUUUAAGCAAAGCAGCUUUACAUGUAGGAGCAGCUACUUCACAUCAAACUGAAUAUGAGAGACUUGUGAGUCGUGUUGCUUCUGAAAUACGCAUUGAACUUUUAGCAGAAGAAUAAUAAAAAUCACGCGUAACCCUAUGUGACUCUGUUGUUUUUCUC